GCAGCCAAUAGCCAUUGGGUGGUAAAGAAGAUAAAGAAAAGCCGGACGGCGAUGGCGAAUGAAGCAGCAGAGAUGGCAUCGCCAUCCGAUGAAGAGGCAGAAGAAAGAGAAGAUGGAGCGACCCUUCCCUCACAAAUCCUCGUCGACGAGAUACUGUCUCGUCUCCCUGUGAAGACUCUCCUUAGACUGCGGCUCGUUUGCCGCUCAUGGCGUUCCCUGGUCGACCAUGACGAGCAUUUCAUCGCCAUCCAUCUCGCUCGCUCCAGGAACGCCACCAAAAUCCUCAAAGAGACUCGUCGCAAGGUCCAUUUGUUGGAUAAUGAAGGACGUCCGCCAUUGGAGAAAGGGGAUAACCAGUUUUUCCCGAUGCACAACUUCAGCAUUCGGUCCUCUUGCGACGGGUUGCUCUGCUUGGAGGCCGUUGACGGCCGAGAGCACCUGCACGUUGCGAAUCUCGCGAUGCGGCAGUGCGUGACUCUGCCGGUUCAUAGCCGGCCGGAUUUGAAGGCUCGGAUAUGCGAGCUCAUCCGCGACCCUCUGUCCGGACUUUACAAACUGCUCAUAGUACAGUGGAACGGAAGCGCCUCUUACUCGGAGAUUAUGACUCUCUGUAAAGAUUCAUCUUGGCGAAAGCUGGAUAUUGCCAUCCAAGUUUCAGGAGCUUGGGCUUUCGGCGUUUCUCAUCCUCGCGUCAGUGGGGCCGCUCAUUGGACUAACGGGUUCUCUUCGACUGGCUGCAUACUCGCAUUUGAUAUCAGUGACGAGAAAUUCCGGACGAUGGUGUAUCCUGAAUGUCGCUGCCGCGAGAGUUCCUGCAAUGGGCUACCGAUGUGCCGGCAUUUGGUGUGUCUUGUUGAGCUGGAUGGCUUCCUGCAUGUGCUUCACUUUGAUUCCCUCUGUACCACCAUGGAAAUGUGGGUGAUGAAGGAUUACAGUAAUGGGAUUUGGUCCAGGGAAUAUGAGCUCAGAGUAGGAUUCAUUCCUGGGGAGUUGCAGACGGGACUUAUUCGCAUAGAUCCUGUAUCCGUCAUCGGCGGUGAGAUUCUGUUGUGGGUUUCUUCCGCCUACACGCAGCGGCAGUAUUUGGUGUUGUACCAUCCUGAACAGAGAAAUUUUCAUCCUUUCAAACAAGAGGAGCUACAAUUGGAGAAUGGAGUUAAUGGUGUCUCUCCUUAUGUCGAUAGCCUUGUCUGCUUGAAGCAGCUUGCUUUGCCUAGAGUUGCAAACUUCGGUCCCCAUCUUGCUGCUUCUCACUGUAAAUGCUAAAUUCGUGCGACCAUUCACACCUUGUACUUUAGAAUUGAAACCGGUCAGGAGGCAUGGUAAGCCAGACAUGAUGUGGGGAAUUCUGUUAAGUGUUAACGUGUUCUCUUGUGUUUAUUUGCCAGUCAAGUGGACUUUAUAAUGUAUAUGCCUGAAACUACUCUUUGUAUAAUCUGUAUUUUCAGUUUCGUGUCGAAAAGAAAGGUCUACUAGUUCCUUGUUUGUU